GAACGAAUAACUUGUGUGUGAUUACUAUACAGAGAAGUUAUAAUGUCUGGACGUGGCAAAGGCGGAAAAGUGAAGGGAAAGGCAAAGUCUCGCUCCAGCAGGGCUGGCCUCCAGUUCCCCGUCGGCCGUAUUCAUAGGCUCCUUCGCAAAGGCAACUAUGCCGAGCGAGUCGGAGCUGGAGCUCCUGUUUACUUGGCGGCCGUUAUGGAGUAUUUGGCUGCUGAAGUGUUGGAAUUGGCGGGAAACGCUGCACGUGACAACAAAAAGACGAGGAUCAUCCCACGUCAUUUGCAGCUGGCCAUUCGUAACGACGAGGAACUGAACAAGUUACUGUCUGGUGUGACCAUCGCUCAAGGCGGUGUGCUUCCAAACAUUCAGGCAGUUCUGCUACCCAAGAAGACUGAGAAGAAGGCGUAAACAGUGUCGAUCAAUUAAACAAAAAUGGCCCUUUUUAGGGCCGCAAAAUGGUUUAACGUAGAAUAUGCACCCGAUUCAUGAUUGAAUCGCUAUGUUUCUUCAUCUCUUAAUACUAAUUUAAAACUGUUAAUGCAUUAUAUUUAAAAAACAAAAUUUAUACGUAUCCUUUCACGAAUACCUUUUUACAACGUAACAAUCAAUACCAUUUCAUAAACAGAACUACUCGUUCUGCAACUUCACAGUUACUCUAAGCCAGCACACUGUCCAAAUAUCAGCUUUAAGGCGUUUAAAGUGAAUUUUUCUUUUCUUAUAGAAUUCUUUUCAUUGUUACACAUAUUUAAUUAUAUUAUGACUAAAUUUAUGUUGAUAUUAGAAAGCAGUAAGAUGCUCUCUUAGACCUGGGAGAGUUUUAGAAUGAGCUUCUACAGUUACAGUUUUAGUUUUUGAAUUUUAUCUUUAUUUUUGUACUUUUAAGAAUUUUUUUUAAAACAAUAUUAAUAAUAAUAAUCUUAUUGUAUGUUGUGAAUUGCAUGUAUAUCUUUUGGGAUCUUUACAGAAGUUUUAUAACCAUUUCUUAACCUACUCCGUUCAUACCUUGGCAUUCUUUCUUUCUUUCUGUCCCAGUCUUUGGAAUUCCUUAAUAUAAUUACAUAUAGCCGGUACAGGGUUACCCCUCAUGCAAACAUUUAUCUUUUUUAUUCUUUAUUUAUUCUUCCUUCCCAGCUGCCAGUCUUUUGCAUUAGCGAUCCAUUUAUCCAACUUAUAGACUAGCUCAUGCGUCAUUCUCUCUCUCGUGAC